CUGGGAGUAACAUGUUUGGCCUCCCCAACUUCCACGUAUUCACUGCAUUUGUCAACUCUUCUGCCAAAUGAGUGCUUGUAUGACUUUCAUACAGGGGAUGGGUUUGGAGUACUGCACUCUUCAUUUCCCAAUUUGAUAUGUAGUGAACAGUCACAGUGAGGUAACUCUCUGUUGCCCGUGAGGUCCAACUAUCUGUAGUCAGAGCAAGGCUCUGUGCUUAAGCCAAUUCUUCUAUGAUACUGUUGCGUGUCUUUUCAUAUAGGUUGGGAAUGACCUCGGCGCUGAAAAAAGUGAGAGACGGUAGUCUGUAACGCGGAUCGAGCACUUUCAUAUGGUGGCGAAAGCCCACAUCUCCAAUCACCGAAAAUGGCUGCAAAUCUUUGGCAAUGAACACCCCCACUGCCUUUAUUUUUUUGUGUCUUUCGGAACCAGUUGGGUAUGUAUGCUGGAAGGAAUCAGCGAGGGACUGUUGCCUUUUGGAUGACUGUAUUACCUGCUCUGCUAUCCUGCUUUCAGACAGUGAUAUCGUUGGGUGAUGGCGCUGCAGAUAUGCAGUCAAGUUGGAAGUGAUUGCAUUUGACGCUGUCUCGUGAAACGAAACUAUGGGGAAGCAGAACAGUAAGCUCCGCCCUGAGGUGAUGCAGGACCUGCUGGAGAGCACAGACUUCACAGAGCACGAGAUCCAGGAAUGGUAUAAGGGCUUUCUACGGGACUGUCCUAGCGGCAACCUCUCCAUGGAGGAGUUUAAGAAAAUCUACGGAAACUUCUUCCCUUAUGGUGACGCCUCGAAAUUUGCUGAGCAUGUUUUCCGUACUUUUGACGCAAACGGCGAUGGCACAAUAGACUUUCGGGAGUUCAUAAUUGCACUGAGUGUCACGUCACGAGGGAAGCUGGAACAGAAGCUCAAGUGGGCGUUUAGCAUGUAUGAUUUGGAUGGAAACGGAUAUAUCAGCAAGUCAGAGAUGCUUGAGAUCGUGCAGGCGAUUUAUAAGAUGGUGUCAUCAGUGAUGAAGAUGCCAGAGGAUGAGUCCACGCCUGAGAAGAGAACAGAGAAGAUCUUCAGACAAAUGGACACCAACCGAGAUGGGAAACUGUCUCUGGAGGAGUUCAUCAAAGGGGCAAAAAGUGACCCAUCCAUCGUGCGUCUGCUACAGUGUGACCCCAGCAGUGCAGGACAGUUCUGAGAUCUGUGUCUCAUGCUUUCAUUUUAUUUAUUUAUGGGUUUUAAUUUAGUUUUUGAUAUAGUCACACCUUCCACUCGCAAGGAAAUGAAGGGUCCAUUCUUUUUCCAGAGUAGGGCAUCUGGGUCCCAUCAGACUGAGCUUGGCCAGAUAUAGAGACACACACACACAGUUAUCGGUGGUAUUAUCUCUAUAGGGAGCUGCACCAGGUCUGCAGGCCUGUGAUAGGAGCAUCUAUCUGAGCUCAAAUCACUUCCUGAUUAGGAAACAGGUUUCAUAUCAUGUUAGACACAUAGUCAAGAAUGAUUUCUGAUUUCAUUAGUUUUAUUUUAGUAUAUAUUUUCUUAAAUUUGACCAAGAAAGGAACAUUUAAUAGUGAUUAAAAAGAGGAAAGAUUUUUCAUUAUUUUUUUUAUUUUAUUUUUUUUUUAUUAUCUGAUUCCUGAAUCGUUCUUCUAAAGAGAAAAAUCUCUUGUCAAUGUCUAACAGUCAAACAGGUAACAGUAGUGGCACUCUAGUUUUUGUAUUGAAAACGCCUCAAUGUUAUUUGAAUAUUGGGGUACUCAAUACAGCACUUUAAAGUCCUAGUCUCAGCCAAAUGUAUUAUUGGCAAAUCACAGUAUUAUUAGCACACGGGACCAAUCAAUCAGGCAUAUAGGUCUUUGUUAUUGUACACAGACGAUCCCCUACAUUUCCCACCCGAUAUCAAGAGCCUUAUUACCUAGUGCAGGAAGCGCACAUCAGUUUUGUGUGGAAUAGUUUGGUUUUAGUCCGACAAAGUCUACUGUUUCUCUUUUUCCAGUUUUCUAAUGUUUGCACUCUAGUAACUGUAGGCUUUUAUAUAAAUAUAAAACAUGAAAUGUCCAGCAAGCAUGCAAAAUUGCAGCAGUCAGUUUUGUUGAUGUCUUUAGUAAAAGCAUGUACAGUAACACCAAUUUUAUCUGCAUUUGUGGACCAGAGUAUUUGUGUAAUUUGUAUGCAUGUAUUGUGCAUAUGUGUGGUUAAGAUCAGUUGCAGCCCUGUUUGCACAUCCUGGUUAAAAGUGUCGUGAUGACUUGUUUGCAUUAUUGCAGAAAGUAGACUAGGAACGUUUUGUUAUUAAAAAAAAUAAAGCUUUUUUUGAUUCAAGGUUAGUAUGAUUUUAGAAUCACUUUUAUUUGCUAUACAAAACUGGAUUGUACACGAGCGUCAUCAAGUUACUGAAUUGCCUUAUACACCCACACAAGUGUUUCUGUAGGUGAGUGAUUUUUAUAUGGCUUUGUUGCUUUAUUUUAAUCAAGCUUCAGUUGCAGUAAAUUUGCUUGCAUUUGAAAUGACCACAUGCUGGAGAGUUUCACUUUAUGCUCUUCCCAUACACCUGUUAACAUAUAGAAAAAGGCAUGUAAUUAUGUUGAUGCCUGUUGUUUAAUAUAUUAAUCUGCCAUUCUAAUUAAUUGAUAUUCAUUUGAAAUCAACAUGGACAUGUAAUUGGGAGUAUGACCCAUUUUUCUUCAAAUACCCCAUGCACUCCUGUGCUUCAGUUUUACUUUAUACAAUAUAUUAUUAAAAUUCUAAAAGUUCUCAUAUCUUUUGUCCUGCUUUCAGUAAGUAUGCUGAAGUCACAGAGCAAUUCUACUUCUGCCGAUGUUCAAUGUUCUUGAAUGUCUCUGCAAAUGUCUCACCACAGUGCAUUCAGUUCUGCUCUACUUUUAAUUGAACCUUUUUUUGUUGUUGUUGUUUUUGUUUUGUUUUACUUUUUGUUUUACUCUUUGAACAACUGCUGUUUUGUAAAAAAAAAAAAAAAAAAAGUAAAAGUUGAAAUGUUAGAUCAAAACUGCAAUGUUUUAUGCAUGUUUUAUGUAGGUUUUUUUUUUUUUUUUUUUUUUUUUUUUUAAACAUCUGACGUACAUUUCUGUAUCACAAUAUCAUGUGGUCAGGUGCCAAAAAUUUGAAAGCAGUAUUGUAUAAAUUUAUACUGUACAAUUGUUAUUUGUCAAACAAAUUGUUUGUAAUUGUUGCAUUUUGUAGAUUUUGUAUGGUAAUCUGUAUUUUGUGACUGUAGAUUUGAGAAUUUGUUUUGGUUAGCAUAUUGAGCAGAAAUUAAAUCUGGAGAGAACAAAAAACUUGUUGCUGUGUGUUAUUUAGUUCA